AUUAGGUAAUAAGAACGUGAGAGAGUAACUUAAAUAAAGUCUUUAUCUGUCUGAAAUGUAUAGUAAGUCGGCACAAAGGUACCGUGCAAAACUGAAACCAGACCAUUAGUCAGUUCAGCACCACUCUGCAGUAAUAAGCUUUUAUUUAAUUUCUGGCUCAGGCUAGGUUAGGUAUAUUUAUAUAAUCGAAGAUACCUUUGUAGAAUUGUAAAUUGUCGAAUAUUAAUGGUAUGUAAUUUAAUAACAAAUUUUUGUAAAUUAAUCUUUGGUUUCAUUCAACUUAAUCUAUGGCUAACAUGUUGUUGCCUAGCAGCAGUAACUUGGGUAGUUUUGGUGCGAAAUAUAUUCUAGCACAAAUUCGUUGUUUUUCCGUUGCAACAAUGGUUAAUUCUACUAAGUGGGAAAUAGAAAAGAACAGGAUUCUUAAACUUUCAUUAGAAGAGAAGAGAAAAAUCUAUAAAUCUUCUGAUUUCAUAGAUUUAGAGAAUGUUGAUCCUUGGAGUAAAUAUCUUAACAAAAGUCAAGGAAUUGAUUCCAAGAAAAGCACCACAGACGAUUUGAAGGAGUUUGAGAAGAUAAAGAUAAACACAGAGAAGAAUAAAUCAAUUUCUGAGCGUAUUUCUAUUUUUAAAGGAGACAUAACUAAGCUGGAAAUUGAUGCAAUUGUGAAUGCUGCUAAUUCAAGACUAAAGGCUGGAGGUGGUGUCGAUGGAGCCAUACACCGGGCUGCAGGUCCCUUUUUACAGGCAGAAUGCGAUUCUAUAGGCGGAUGUCCAACAGGAGAUGCCAAAGUUACUGGUAGUUACAAUUUACCAGCUAAAUAUAUCAUCCACACUGUUGGGCCCCAAGAUGGAUCGGCAGAGAAACUAGAAUCCUGCUACGAAAAAUGUCUGUCGUACCAACAGGAAUACCAAAUAAAAUCGAUCGCUUUUCCGUGUAUAUCCACUGGAAUUUACGGUUUUCCGAAUCGUCUCGCAGCACACAUAGCGCUACGUACAGCUAGGAAGUUUCUAGAAACGAAUACAGAAAUGAACAGAAUUAUAUUUUGCACGUUCUUACCUAUCGAUGUGGAGAUUUACGAGACGUUGAUGCAACUUUACUUUCCUACACUUUAAUUUUUAACUAUAGUUAGCAAUACAUAAAACAAACACAAAUAAAAGAUCAGUUUUUUUCCUUUUAAUAAGAAUUUAAU